GGUUCAGCAAAGCAUUUCCCUGCUGCCUGCCCGCAAAGUCGCUUCCCGCUGGGCCGCGCUUUGUUCUCGCAGUAGCAGAGCGGGCAGCACCGCCAAUCCCGUGGCUCACGGGGUUCUGCCCCUCCGGCGCCGUCCCCGUCAGCGCAAUGCGUCCCCCACGGCCCGGGCCGUGACGGAGGACGGCGGGGCCGGAGCUGAUGGCCAUGGGACGCUGCGGCGCGAGGGCAUGGCAGGAGCUGCUGGUGCUGCUGGGCGGGCUGUGGAUGUGGAGCAGCGGCGCGCAGCCACCCCCCCCAGCCCCACGCGCAGCUCCGUGCCGCCGCUGAAGUUCCGUCUGGCUGGGUAUCCCCGCAAGCACAACGAGGGCCGGAUUGAGGUGUUCUACAAUGAGGAGUGGGGCACCAUCUGCGACGAUGACUUCACGCUGGCCAACGCGCAGGUGCUGUGCCGGCAGCUCGGCUUCGUGGGCGCCACCGGCUGGGCCCACAGCGCCAAGUAUGGCAAAGGAGUCGGGCGGAUCUGGUUGGACAACGUGAACUGUGCGGGGAACGAGAAGAGCAUCAGGGACUGCAAACACCGCGGCUGGGGGAACAGCGACUGCAGCCACGAGGAGGAUGCAGGCGUCAUCUGCAAGGAUGAGCGCAUCCCAGGCUUCAAAGACUCCAAUGUCAUCGAGACGGAGCAGAGCCACGUGGAGGAGGUCCGUCUGCGUGCGGUGGUGUCGGGGGCCCAGCGGCGGCUGCCAGUGACAGAGGGCAUCGUGGAGGUGCGCUACAAGGAUGGCUGGGCACAGAUCUGCGAUGAGGGCUGGGACAGCAAGAACAGCCGCGUCAUCUGCGGCAUGAUGGGCUUCCCCACUGAGAAGAAGGUGAACAGGAACUUCUACAAGCGGCUGAAGCGUGCAGCCAGGACGAGGGGCCGGAGCACGAGGCCAGGCAGGAGGCUGGCCUCCAAAUCUCAGCCUAAACAAAAGCGCAGGGAGGACUUAGGGUCCAGGAAGAGGCUGUUUGCAGAGCGGCAGCAGCUCAACUACCGCCUGCACUCGGUGUCCUGUACAGGGACAGAGGUGCACAUCUCCAUGUGCACGUUCCAGUUCUACCGGGGCAACUCCUCAGCAGCCUGCAGCACUGGCAUGCCCGCUGUUGUCAGCUGCCUGCCUGGGCCCCUCUUUGCCACCGGCAGCGCCCAGAAGAAGAAGCAGCGCCAGCAGCAGCAGAGCCAGCCGCGGAUCCGGCUGAAAGGCGGUGCCAAGGCUGGGGAGGGCCGUGUCGAAGUGCUGAAGAACAACGAGUGGGGCACAAUCUGCGAUGACCGCUGGAAUCUGCUGUCUGCCAGCGUGGUGUGCCGCGAGCUGGGCUUUGGCAGCGCCAAGGAGGCCCUCACCGGGGCGCGCAUGGGCCAAGGGACGGGGCCCAUCCACCUGAAUGAGGUGCAGUGCCUGGGCACUGAGAAGUCCCUCUGGAGCUGCCCCUUCAAGAACAUCACGCAGGAGGACUGCAAGCACACGGAGGACGCGGCCGUGCGCUGCAACAUCCCCUACAUGGGCUACGAGAACCUGAUUCGGCUGAGCGGGGGCCGGAGCCGCUUCGAGGGGCGCGUGGAGGUGGCGGUGGGGGCUGCAGAAGGGGACGAGCCGCGCUGGGGCCUGGUGUGCGGCGAAGGCUGGGGUACGCUGGAGGCGAUGGUCGCCUGUCGCCAGCUGGGGCUGGGAUUCGCUAACCACGGCUUGCAAGAAACGUGGUACUGGGAUGCCAGCAACGUGACGGAGAUGGUGCUGAGUGGGGUGAAGUGCGCCGGCCACGAGCUGUCCCUGAACCACUGCCAGCACCACGGCAGCAGCCUGAACUGCAGGAACACGGGAACGCGCUUCGCCGCGGGCGUCAUCUGCUCUGAAACCGCCUCCGACCUGCUGCUGCACGCCCCGCUGGUGCAGGAGACGGCGUACAUCGAGGACCGCCCGCUGCACAUGCUGUACUGCGCCGCCGAGGAGAACUGCCUGUCCAGCUCAGCCCGCCACGCCAACUGGCCCUACGGGCACCGCCGUCUGCUCCGCUUCUCCUCCCAGAUCCACAACAACGGCCGCGCUGACUUUCGCCCCAAGGCUGGGCGGCACUCCUGGGUCUGGCACGAGUGUCACCGGCACUAUCACAGCAUGGACAUCUUCACCCACUACGACAUCCUGACUCCCAACGGCACCAAGGUGGCUGAGGGGCACAAAGCCAGCUUCUGCCUUGAGGACACCGAGUGCGAGGAAGAUGUGGCCAAGCGGUACGAGUGUGCCAACUUUGGGGAACAGGGCAUCACGGUGGGCUGCUGGGACCUGUACCGGCACGACAUUGACUGCCAGUGGAUUGACAUCACCGACGUCAAGCCAGGCAACUACAUCCUGCAGGUCGUGAUCAACCCCAACUUUGAGGUGGCAGAGAGCGACUUCACCAACAACGCCAUGAAAUGCAACUGCAAGUACGACGGGCACCGCAUCUGGGUGCACAGCUGUCACAUCGGUGACGCGCUCAGCGAGGAGGCCAGCAAGCGGUUCGAGCAGUACCCGGGGCAGCUGAACAACCAGAUCUCAUAGGGCCCGGGGAGACGCCAUCUCCCUCUUUCACCCUGCGUGCAGGAGGAAGCUGCUGUGGGGCUGGCAGGGGCUCACACAGCCCCAUCACAGCCUGCACUGCGCGAGGGACUGCCCAGGACUCACUGCCGGGGCUGGGGGCCCUGAGCACGGCACCUCCAGCCCUUGACCACUGGCCAGAUGCUGCACCCCGGCUCGGGCUGCAGCACAAGGGUACGAUCCAGAGAGGCCCCACCACCCCAGCUGUGCCUCUCCUGCUCCCCAGCCCCAGUUCCUCUCACCUUGCUCCACCUUCUCUGGGGCUCUGCCCGCCUCCAGCAGCAGGACCCCACCCGGGGACCCCGAUCCCUGCUCGGGGCCGGCCGCCCUCGCGCCCCAGCAGCCCCAUCUCCAGACAGUGUGGCUGCCCUGCACAGCAGUGCUGCCAUUGGCUGCCCGGCAGCAUUUCCCACACCCAUGUCUUAGUCGUAAUUUUAUUUUCUUGAUAAAGAUGUCAGUUCUAUA